UAAUCUGUCUUUUAGCCUUAUUCACUUUUCUUCGUUCUCUUCACACCCAACUACACUCUCCCCACCAUUUCAUCUCCAAGCUUAUCUUCUCUUCUCUGUACAAAGAAACUUCUAGAUUUAAUCUUCUCCGUCUGCUUUUUCAGCUCCGUUUCCAUAUCUCCGGUCGCUGGAGAUUCGACCAGACAGUAAUAUUUGCUUACUAAAACGACGUCGUGUGCCUAUUCAAUUGUGGCACAUCGAUCUCUCAAUCCUGUUUCUGUACGGAAGUUAGAAAGAAUGCAGAAUGCUUUGCACUUUUUAGGGUUCUUGGAGCGGUCUGCUUCCUUGAUUCUAGCCUCAUAGCAAUGCCAAACUUGCUUUUAAGCUUCCGCUACAAUCAAUUUUCUCCACAUUAAGCGUGAGUCUCGUGGAUUAGGGUUUUGAAAGUGAUACUGGUAACCUUAGCUCAGGUAAUUUGCUUAUCAACUCACAGAUGGUAGAAAAUUUUUGGUCAUCUAACGAAUCUACAUUGCUCUAUCUCCGUAAAAUGCUCUAAUCUGAGUAUUAAAUCAAGUCAAUAUUACGGUUUUGGGUAAGGAUUUAUAAAGGAAGUUGAGUAAUUAGGGUUUCGCAGGGAUUAUUAAGCUCUUAUUUUUACGCUAGUCUCUUUGCUGAGUAAGAAAUACAAAGGUAAAAAAGCUGUUUUAGAGCUUGUGACUUUGUUAACGGGUGAAAGUGCCAGCUCUGCUUGCUUUAUCCAUCCCCCCCAAGAAUGGAUCUUUUUGGUACAGUUGUUGUCACAUUUCAUAUGCUGUACUAGAUUAUUCUGCUACCAUCUGUGGCUUUUGAAAUACUACUUUAAGUGUGAAGUUGGAGCCACGUCGAAGCACUAAAAGUAGAUGACAUGGUCGGCCAGGUUUUUUGUUUAAAGGCUUAUUUUGGAUCUGAAGACUUGUCACCAUAUAAGUAGAGUACUGUCGUUUGGGGGUUGACCUUGUCUUUGUGAGUUGUCGGAUCUGCAGUGUGAGGGCUGAGGAAGAUUGUACUGGUUGUCUGAAACUGUGAAGCAUCGAUGGGGCUUCUUGAAAGCCUCUCGAUGCGUCUUCUUCUAUUGUGGCUAUGUUUCUUGCCACGUUUAGGGAGUUGUUCUUCCCUGGGAGCUGCAAGGGCAUUAGAUGCACUCCUCCAAGAUUAUGCUUAUCGUGCAUUUGCCCGUCCGAGGACAGGUGUUGUUUAUGAUGGAGAUGUGCCAUUGAAUUUGACAGGGAUUAAGGUGUCAGCCAUGAGGCUCAGGAGUGGCAGUUUAUGGACCAGAGGUGUUCCAACGUACAAAGAGUUUCAGAUACCUGUUGGGGUCGUUGAGCAACCUUAUGUUGAGAGGCUUGUAUUGGUCUACCAAAAUUUGGGCAAUUGGUCUGCAAGAUAUUAUAGUUUACCUGGUUACAUGUACUUGACUCCUGUGGUGGGUCUUCUUGCUUAUGAUGCAUCAAACCUUUCAGCAAUUUACUUGCCUGAGUUGGACAUCAGGGCUUCUGGUCAGCCCAUCUCAAUAAGGUUUUCAGAUGUCAAGCCGGCGCCUGUUGGAUCAUCUGCUAUGUGUGUUUCAUUUGAUUUAAAAGGAUCAGUGAAUUUCAGCAGUGUAUUGUCGGACAACAUAUGCACGACCUUUCUACCGGGGCAUUUCUCUAUUGUUGUCAAGUCAAUCGCUCCUCCUGCUCCAGUCUCUCCUGCACCACCAGGAGGCGCUCCAAAGGAAGCACGCGUACCAGCAGGUAAGGGAAAGAAAAACAAGUCAAAGGUCGGGAUAAUUGUUGGUUCGGUUGCAGGAGGACUAGUAUUGUUGUUUUUGUUAGGCCUUCUGAUAGUGUGGGUGGGCAAGUACAAGAGGAGGAAGAAAAUGCAACAGAUGGAGAGGGCUGCGGAGGUUGGAGAAGCAUUGCAUAUGACUAGAAUUGGGAGCACAAAAGCACCAGCUGCUACUGUGACACGAACACAACCAACCCUAGAGAGUGAAUACGUGCCUUAGUCAAUUCAUUCUGUACAAGCUGCCUCACACAUUCACAUUCAUGUUUCAUUUGUUGCAGUUAGAUAUUCUUCAACACGCCUCUAUUUCUCGGUGUUUUAUUUUUCUUUUUGUUGCCUUAUUGAAUUUUUUACUAGGCUUCUGGUAGCAGUGUGAGUAGCUCAGGGUUAUCCUGUAAAUGAUAAUCUGUCACUCUCACGGAAAGCAUUAGUAUUUGUGAUGAUAAAUUGUGGUGUGCAUUGUGGCAUAAGGUGAGUUUAAUUGUGAUGAUAUUGACAAUGAAUAAGUCUUUUUGAUGGCAUUCUUCUUCA